CCCUGCGCAGAAAUCUGACAAUAUUUCCAAGAUUCAGAUAGAUUACUUCCUUCACUCUUUUUAUCAGCCAAAGCAGUUGUGGAUUCAUUCUAAUUGUCGUGGGAAUCUUCCUUCCUUCUGAUAAACUUUCAGUAUUUUAAAAUCCCAGAUCAAAAACUUUCACCCCUUUUCACUUUAACCCUCUGAUGAUUAAAAUCCAGUAACCCUUCUCCUCUUUCCGUCUCUAUUCUCUAUUGGAAUUGCUUGCAUGAACUUCUGGAGAUCUUUCUCUUUCCUUUUUUCUUUUGGGAAAAUGUUUUUGAGGGAUAAAGAUAUUGAUGUUUGAGUUUGCUUAUUGGGGUUGUGAUGUUUGAUUAAAGGAAGGAUUUUUUUGGAUUAGAAGAUUGAAAAUUGGAUCUUUGGAUUGGGGAUUGCUAGUGAAUCACAGCAAUAUCAGUAGAACAAGAGCAUUGGUGAUGUGUUGAUUUGAACUGUGGUGGCUCUGGAAUUAUGGAUGAAUUCCUAGCGUUGGAGUGAAAAGGGAUCAGUUCUGAUCGGUUAGUUUUCUGUAUUGAUUCCGAUGACGUGAUAGUCGGGAUUAAAGAUUGAAUCUCAAAUGGACUUAUGGCAUUGUAAGCGUUUGAGAUUUUUUGGACUGCAUUUGAAUUCUCUGGGAUGCAAAUGUGUGGCUUUGGUUGUCAUUGUUUUGGUUCUUAGAGCUGUCCUAAUCUCACCAUUCGCUGGUUUUGGAGGGAUAGAACAGAGCAAGCUGAUAUUUUUCCGUAACAAUUCUUUGCCACAAAAUCUGCAAUUACAUAUUGGAAAGCAAAAGUUUUUGGAGGUUCCUCAAAUUAUAUGGGGUUUAAACAAUCAGAAAAUUGCUUUUGCUAGAGCUUGUUUGACUGCUAGAUUUCUGAAUCGUACGCUUUUAAUGCCUAGCUUGAGUGCUUCACUCUUCUAUAAAGAAAUUGAUCUUUUGCAACCUAUUUCUUUUGAUAAGGUCUUUCAAUUUGAAAGGUUUAACUGUCUCUGUAAAGGAUUUGUCCAAUUGAGUCACUUCACUAAUGUUUCAAAUAGAAGUGAUGUUCUUGAACUCCAGAAGGGAAGUGGUAGGAAGUGGACGGUUGAGAAAGACUUGGAUCAGUUAACACAGCAUAGUAAGCCCCCAUAUGAUGAGUAUGAGACAAUUCGGAUAGUUGGAAAAAAUCCAUUCCUGUGGCAUGAUCACUGGCCAGUCAAAGACUAUGCCAAGAUCUUUGAAUGCUUAGCAUUAGUUGAUGAACUACUUAAAGAAGCAGAUAAAGUUGUUUCCAAGAUUAGGGAAAUAGGACGGCAAGCAAGACACAAAUCUGAGCAGCCCCAAAAUGGUUUAGAGUCAGAAAGCCGAUUGUUGCAAUAUGUGCCAUAUGUUGCUGUUCACUUGAGAAUUGAAAAGGACUGGAUGAUCCACUGCAAGAAGUUAGAGCAGCGGUUUAAUAUAAGUGAAAUUUGUAGUAGUAAAGAGCAGAUCAUUGAGAGGGUGGGAAACAUCAAAGGCCUAAAUCAUCCAACAGUUGUUUACCUUGCAGUUGCUGAUAGUCUUCUUGAAGAUAACUCUAUCUUGGAUGGUUGGAAAGAAGGUUUGCUUCCUUUUGAGAAGAAGAAGCUGGGUGUUCUUGAAAUUUACCAGAAGCACCCAUACCUAUUUAAAUCAGCUAUAGACUAUGAAGUUUGUUCAAGGUCUGAUGUAUUCGUAGGAAACAGUUUUUCCACUUUUUCAAGCCUUGUAGUUCUUGAUAGAACCCAAAAAAUGAUCAACAUGGGUGUUUCAAAACAGUGCGGCAUGGAUGUCAGGUGGCCCUCUUAUGCCUACAAUUUACCGGGGGGUUUGGAUGGCCCUUGUCCAUGGGCAACAAAUAUGUCUGACUCAAGCCUGCAAGCGAUCAGUUAUGGUUCUAAUCACGUCUCUUGUUGAAUGCUGUGUAUCUACCUCUUUUUGCUGUUUCCUCGGGCAAUGAGUGAAGAUGACUGAAUGUAGCUUCAUUUUGAAACUUUGUCGAUAACUAGAGAAUCUUAGUUGGUACAGUUCCAAAUACUUUUCUUACAAUACCUGUAGAUGAGGUAAGCUAAACAGAAUUCCACAUACCAUGUUAGUGAAAGAUCAGUUGCAUUUGGUCUUAAUUCAA